UAUAUGUUUGGACAAACUGCCACAUAAGCGAGAAGAACGAGAGGAAUCGGAUAAAACGGAAACACACUCGUGCAAAACUAUUUAACGGCCAGAAACCACCGUCGUCACCAAUCUAACGGCUGAUAUUGCCGUUCUCCAUCCCCUUCUCUAACCCACAUAUCUAGUGGAAACUGGAAUAAUCUCCGCCUCUGUAAAUAUAAUGGCAGCCACCGUCGACACGACGAUAAUCUACAGACGAAUUUCGACUUUUAGAUACAACAAUCAUCGCAACUAUUUACACAAUUGCCCCUCCGUUUGCAGUCGGUAUAGAGCUUUCCAUGGAAAACCUGGUCGCCUGCUGUACGAUGUUUUGUCGCCGCCUAGGGUUCCGAAUUUUCAAUUGUGCUUUCUAAAUAAUUGCAAUAAUCCGAAGUGGAAAUUAUCCAGAAUUUACGCCAAUACCCCCCACGAACACGACAAUGAUUCGUCUGAGAAAGCCGAAACGAGUGGGUCCGAAACCCCGAAGGAAACGGGCCCGGGUUCGAGUUCGGGUUCGGGUUCGGGCCGGAGGGAGAAGCAGGGGAAGAACAAUUGGUGGAGCAACAACAGUAAUAAAUGGAGAUGGCAGCCGAUAAUUCAAGCACAAGAGAUGGGUGUUCUGCUCAUACAAUUAGGGAUUGUGAUGUUUGUGAUGAGAUUGCUUCGGCCCGGGAUUCCGCUGCCUGGCUCCGAGCCUAGGACUCCGACCACGUUCGUUAGUGUUCCGUAUAGCGAGUUCUUGAGUAGGAUUAAUAGUAAUCAAGUGCACAAGGUGGAGGUUGAUGGUGUGCACAUUAUGUUUAAGUUGAAGGGAGGAGAAGCUGGACUUGGGAGUAUUGAGAGUGCUGCAGGCGAGGUGAAUAGUAAGUUUCAGGACUCGGAGUCUUUGUUGAGGAGCGUGGGUCCCACGAAGCGGGUGCUGUAUACAACUACAAGGCCGGUUGACAUCAAGACGCCGUAUGAGAAGAUGUUGGAGAAUGAUGUCGAGUUUGGUUCUCCGGAUAAGAGGUCCGGUGGAUUCUUGAAUUCUGCAUUGAUAGCUUUAUUCUAUGCUGCUGUACUUGCAGGUCUUCUUCACCGGUUUCCUCUCAACUUUUCUCAGAAUACACCAGGGCAACUUAGAAACCGCAAGUCCAAGAAUUCCGGGGGAUCCAAAGUUUCUGAACAAGGGGAAAUUGUUACCUUUGCUGAUGUUGCCGGUGUCGAUGAGGCCAAGGAGGAACUGGAAGAGAUUGUGGAAUUUCUUAGGAAUCCAGACAGGUAUGUAAAACUUGGUGCACGCCCUCCUAGAGGUGUUCUCUUGGUCGGUCUUCCUGGAACAGGUAAGACACUUUUAGCAAAAGCUGUUGCUGGAGAAGCUGACGUUCCUUUCAUAAGCUGUUCAGCAAGUGAAUUUGUAGAACUGUAUGUUGGCAUGGGUGCAUCCCGUGUCAGAGACCUUUUUGCACGUGCAAAGAAGGAAGCUCCAUCCAUAAUAUUCAUAGACGAGAUAGAUGCUGUGGCCAAGAGCCGCGAUGGCAGAUUCCGUAUCGUGAGCAAUGAUGAACGGGAACAAACGUUAAAUCAGCUUCUCACUGAGAUGGAUGGAUUUGAUAGUAACUCAGCAGUCAUUGUACUUGGAGCAACUAACAGAGCAGAUGUUCUAGAUCCUGCCCUCCGUCGACCCGGUAGAUUUGAUCGAGUUGUCAUGGUCGAAACACCUGAUCGGAUUGGAAGAGAAGCCAUUUUAAACGUACAUGCUUCCAAGAAAGAACUUCCUCUUGGCAAGGAUGUUAAUCUGAGUGAUAUUGCUUCAAUGACCACGGGAUUUACUGGGGCGGAUCUGGCAAAUUUGGUAAAUGAAGCUGCAUUAUUGGCCGGAAGGAGCAGUAAAUUGUUGGUGGAGAGGGAUGAUUUUAUUCAAGCAGUAGAGCGGUCUAUAGCGGGGAUCGAAAAAAAGACAGCCAAAUUGAAGGGCAGUGAAAAAGGUGUUGUUGCACGACAUGAAGCCGGUCAUGCAGUUGUGGGAACUGCAGUUGCAAAUCUUCUCUCUGGACAACCUCGGGUUCAGAAGCUGAGCAUAUUGCCAAGAUCAGGCGGAGCCCUAGGAUUUACUUACACACCUCCAAGCAGCGAAGAUAGGUAUUUGCUCUUCGUAGACGAAUUGCGAGGGCGCCUUGUUACUCUUCUUGGCGGACGUGCAGCAGAAGAAUUUAUUUACUCUGGACGUGUAUCGACAGGUGCACUUGACGAUAUUCGACGAGCUACAGAUAUGGCUUACAAGGCUGUCGCCGAAUAUGGCCUUAAUGAAAAUAUUGGCCCCAUCUCUUUGUCGACUCUUUCUGGUGGCGGAAUGGAUGAUUCUGGUGGAUCUUCUCCAUGGGGAAAGGAGCAAGGAAAACUUGUUGAUCUUGUUCAAGGAGAGGUUAAAGCUUUGCUGCAGUCUGCUCUUGAUGUUGCAAUCUCAGUUGUUCGUGCAAAUCCUACUGUCUUGGAGGGUCUUGGUGCGUACCUUGAAGAGAAAGAGAAAGUGGAAGGUGAAGACUUGCAAGAAUGGUUGAAAAUGGUGGUUGCUCCAGCCGAGCUGACAUUCUUUAUCAGAGGAAAACAAGGUUCUCUACUCCCUCUUCAACCUGGAACCUCAUAACAGUUGAUGGUUUCUGAAAGCUCCAUUAUUUACCCUUGUUGAAUAUUGCCGUAAUUAUUGCGCGAAUGAAGAACUCUCAUGGUGGUAGCAAACUGGGGGCGGUGAACGUAUUCUUGGUUAAUGCGAACUUUGUAUAUUCAUGAAAUAACAUAAUUUAUAGUUCGUUUGUACAGUCUACUCAGUGAAAAUGCAUGUUUUUUAUGAUAUGCUGAGAAAAUAGUUUUCUCAAAAUCAUAGAGUCGCAAAAGAAAAGAAGAAAAGAAAGGAGCAUGAUGUUAUCUUGUCGAGAAGUUAUCUCAACUGUCAGUUGUCACAGCCCCUGGUCUGUUAAUCGGGCUAUUAUUUAGGAACCGAGUAAGUUGUAGUCGCAUACUGUUUUAUACGUAUAAAGAACUACUUCUACUACCAUUGAUUGAGAAAAUCUAUUUUUAUUACUGUAC